AUGACUACGCCCCGCCAGUUCACCGCGCAGGAGCUUGGAGAGUACUACCACAUGCCACUGAAGAAGGCAGCCAAGGAGCUUCAGACGUAUGAAGCCGCACUGAUCCGCGCAUGCCGGCGGCACGAUAUCCCCAAGUGGCCAUACCGACAACUCGCAAAGAUCGAUCGACAAAUGCGCUUCAUGGACGUCGUCCUGACGAAGCUUGGCGCAACCGACGAUGCGGGCGCGUCGGACAAGACAACCGCGUGUCGCCAGAAGCUCGAAAGGAGCUAUGCAUCAGUCAAGGCAAACACCAGACAGCGCAAGGACACCAUCGAGCACAAGCUACGGCUGUCAUAUAUUUUGAACCCUUGAACGGUCGUACUAGUUUAGUGUCGUUUACUAUAUAAUAAGACUAUCAUUUCCCCCUUAGAAGGUUGCGCAUAACGUUCGUGCUUUCGUUGAUGCUGCCACCACGUAAGGCCUUGGAUCCCUCGAAGUACGGACACGUGUAGUGGUUCGCCGAUUGAUUUAUAUAUAUAUAUACAGCAGGGAAGGAAACGUGAGGAGUUCCUUCAUCCAGCGACACGCGAUAACUACGACGACGACGACGCCGCACCUUCGACGAACGACCGGAUCGACUCGUGGAAGUCCGUCACGCCCUGCGCACUACGAUCGAGUCGUGCUACUGUCAUAUGCUCGUCCAUAGCGCAUUGGAUCUCGACGUUGCUCUUCUGAGGGGCGCCGCACGUGCACGAACGCUUGAGGUUGCCGCACUUGCUGCACUUGUAGUUGGCAGGCUGGUAUGGACACACAUGGCCUUUUUUCGGUUCGCCACAUCGACUGCAUCGGUAGUUGCCACGAUUGAAGCUACUGCUGGUGUUGUUUGCGUGGUGUUGGCUGCUUCCCAUGGCCGACGCCGACGGCGGGGAAGCCGCGACGUCGCUGCCUGUGUUGGUUCCAAAGCUGUUCAUGUGCAUACUCGCGACGUCGGUAGGGGCACCAGGUGGAUUCAUCAUGAAGCCCAUGUUGAAGUUCAUUCCAGCAGCAGCAUUUGGGUUCCCUGGACCACUUCCCAUGAAGUAUGGACCGCCGCCGCUACCUGCCGAGUUCAUAUCGCACAGCACACGAUGAUUUUG